CACUGACUACAUGGUGCAUAUUAUAAGAGAUGCAAACAAAUUCACCUUCACUCUUCGCCUUCCCUCCAAUCCCGAGUUUUCUUCAGCUCGAAGGUGACUGUGGACAGGUUUAAACAAGUGCGACUAUUCGGGGAAUACAGCAGCCAUGAUGAAUGACACCCUGGACCAGACGAGUUCACCACCCGCAAGAAAUGCCUGUAAAGUGGAGCUGAGAGUCUCCUGCAAGACUCUGCUGGACCGGGAUACGCUAAACAAGUCCGACCCCUGUGUCAUCCUCAUGGGUCAGGGGGAGGGAGACUGGGAAGAGAUAGACAGGACGGAGGUCAUCAAGAGUAACCUGAACCCUACCUUCAGCAAGGUCUUUACUCUGGACUACCUCUUUGAGGAGGUGCAGAAGCUGCGUUUUGAGGUAUAUGACAUCCAUGGGUCUCAUAGCAUCGACACCCAUGAGGAUGACUACCUGGGAGGCAUGGAGUGCACGCUUGGCCAGAUUGUGGCUCAGAAGAAGAUGGUGAAGCUUCUUUCUCUGAAAUAUGGGAAGAAUGCUGGGAAAUCCACCAUUACGGUGAGCGUGGAGGAAAUUUCGGGAAACAAUGAAUAUGUUGAGCUUUCCUUUUCUGCAGAGAAACUUGAUGACAAGGAUCUCUUCAGUAAAUCGGACCCCUUUUUGGAAAUAUAUAGAAUUAAUGAUGAUAAAACAGAACAACUGGUCCACAGAACAGAGGUAAUCAAGAACAAUCUUAACCCUGUUUGGGAGACAUUUAAAGUAUCUCUGAGCUCUUUGUGCAGCUGCGAUGAGGACAGGAGGCUGAAGUGCCUCGUCUGGGAUUAUGAUUCCAGGGGAAGGCAUGAUUUUAUUGGAGAAUUCUACCCCACGUUCAGAGAAAUGCAGACAGUAACUGAAGAAAACAAGGUUUCAUGGGAAUGUAUAAAUCCAAAGUACAAGUUAAAGAAGAAGAGCUACAAAAAUUCUGGCGUGGUCAUUCUCUCUGAGCUGAAGCUUCUCAGAGUCUAUUCCUUCUUGGAUUACAUCAUGGGGGGAUGCCAGAUACAUUUCACAGUGGCUAUUGACUUCACUGCUUCAAACGGCGACCCUAAGAACAGCUGCUCUCUACACUACAUCCACCCCUACCGGCCCAACGAGUACCUAAAUGCCCUGGUGGCACUGUUGGAGAUCUGCCAGGAUUAUGACAGUAACAAAAAAUUCUCUGCUUUGGGCUUUGGUGCAAGGAUUCCCCCAAGUUAUGAGGUCUCUCAUGACUUCGCCAUUAAUUUUGACCCAGACAACGAUGAAUGUGGAGGAAUCCAGGGCAUUGUGGAAGCGUACCAGAACUGCGUUCCCAAAAUCCAGCUGUACGGCCCCACCAACGUGGCCCCUAUCAUAAACAAACUCGCCAAAGUGGCGGCACAGGAGAAAGCGACCAAAGAUGCCUCGCGAUACCACAUCCUCCUGAUCCUCACCGACGGUGUGGUGACAGACAUGGCGGACACGCGUGAGGCCAUCGUACGUGCCUCCUACCAGCCCCUGUCCAUCAUCAUCGUUGGGGUGGGAAACGCCGACUUCACAGACAUGCAGAUCUUGGACGGAGAUGACGGGAUCCUGCGUUCACUCAAAGGGGAGCCUGUGCUGAGGGACAUCGUGCAGUUUGUGCCCUUCAGAGACUUCAAAUCGGCCUCUCCUGCUGCCCUGGCCAAAUGUGUUCUUGCUGAGGUGCCCAAGCAGGUGGUGGAGUACUACAGUUAUGUGGGAUAUGGGCCCAAGACGCCAGUGCUGGAUUCACCCACCUCUGUGCCCAACACCCCUGACUAAUGAAGAAUCCUGUCAGCAAACAGACCCAGGUUGUUCGGAUAGGUGAGUGUUCAGGAGACGUGCUAUUUACCCCCAUCCAGAUAUAAAAAUAUUAGAUAUUAUGAUGAUUCAUUUGUAUUUUUAUUUUGGCACUGGGUGUUUUGGUCUGUCUGGCCCUGAGCCUGUGUUGUCCUGGUUUUUGCAGACUGCUUCUAUAAUUUCUCUUGUUCAAAUGGCUGUUUUUUAAUCAUCUGCAAACAUUUUUUUUAUCUUUUUUUUAUUUUAUUUCCUCAUUUACUCUCUUGCCCUGCUUGAGAAAUCUAGGGGCAAUGGUUAAUUAUGUCAUUGCUUAUACAUUACAGUAUAUUGAUAUGUAUUCAUAGUCUAGAAAUUUGGAAUUUAUUCAUUGAUGGAACCCAGGAAAAAUGAUUCUCUUUAACAGCAAAUAAAAUGGUCUGGGUCAAUGAGUUGAAUAUUAAUCUCUAUUCAAUCAAAAGGAAAAAUAUUCUUAUUUUAUGUGUACUUGAGUUUUGCAUUUCACAAUUUCUACUAAUUGUUCCACUUUUAUAAUUCUUUUACACGCUGCAACUUCCUAUGAUUCUAGAGAUUGCCUACUAAAGCCAUAAUCAAGUGUAUCCAGUAUGUUUGACCCCAAGAAAAGAGAAUUAUAAGGUGUUCAAAUGCCCUCCUGACAUUAUAGUAUUUCAUUAGCAGAUGUUACACCUUAGAGUCCAUUGUUUCCAACGAUUUCCAUGCAACCCUGUAUGUCGACAGCAUCAUAUGAACUAAACAGCCUCAGCUGUUUUAGAGCCGUAACGUAGUGGCUUCCUGCAAACACUCGUAUUCGCUAAGUGAUGCUGUCUUGAAAGUAGUCCAGAAUAGUUAUACAUUGUGCUUUUUCAUAUGUGCUAGAAAAAUGUUUUUUGUAUUUCAUGAAGAUGUUUUUUUCGUUCUCAAAAAUCGAAUAGUAAGCAGCCAUAAUUGAGGAAAAAUGUCAUGAAGAUGGGCUGUUGCUUGAUGCUUUAAAUAUAGAGGGGUCCAGGUCAUCGCCCAUUGUCCACGUCUUUGUUCACACUGUUAAUUCAUGGCCCCAUAAAGAUCCAAGCUGGAUAAAAGACCUUUUGGGUAAAAAAAAAACAAGCCUCUUGUGAUCCUGUUAACUGACAUUAUUAAAUAUGUCCAGAAUUUAGGCAAGACUGAAAUAACACACAAAUCAAUAUGACACCCACCAGUAGCUCUUGUAGAACAAGAGUGUGUACGCAUAUUGUGUUUAAGUUAUCACCACUACUCACUGAGACACUUCAGAGUAAGAACAUGCAUGUUAAAUACAAGGUGUGACUUGUAAAAUAUUGGCAUGAAAAGGAAUAAAUGGAAUGUACCAAUAAAAUCUACCAGCAAACUGAGA